AGAAAAUUUUGUUUCGACACUGGACACUCUUCGAGUUCUCCCUCUUUUAUUCUUCAGUAAUUUAGCUUAUGUAUAAAGUAGGCCUGUUGAGUGUUGAUGCUGUCACACUUCAACCACACAAAAAUGAGUGAAUUAGUUUGGGAUAUCAAGAAUGGAGAAUUAGAUUCUGUUAAAAAUGAAAUUGAAAAUAAGGGCAUCGAUGUUAAUCUUGAUGUGAACGGGAGACCACUUAUUUUGCAUGCUGCGGAUUACGGACAACAUACCAUAGUAAAUUAUCUUAUUUCAAAAGGAGCUGAUCCCAAUGCUAAAGAUUCCCAUGGGAUAACAGCGUUGCUUGCUGCUAUUUGGGAGGGACACACUGAAUGUGUGAAAGUCUUGGUGAGCAAGGGUGCCUUUAUUAAAGGAGUAUCUCCAGAUGGGACGUCAUAUUAUGAUGCUGCAGAAAAGGAUGAAAUUAAAGCUUUGUUGAAAUAAACAAAUGCAAAAGAGACUAAGAACAUUUUCCACCAUUUCAUUUUGUAAUUUUCAAGUUAAUUUCCUUUGAAAGUUGAGGGAAUUGUUGUAAAAGAAAUUAAAAGUUUUAAUUAUAAAAUACACUGAGAAACACAGGUGAA